AUGAACGUGGAGGUUAAUCCGAACGAAGAUACUGAGUGGAAUGAUAUUCUGCGGGCACAUGGCGUGAUUCCUGAGCGGCCACCUUCGCCGAGUGCGCAGUUGGAGGAGGCUCUUGAGGAGGCCGUGAGACAUGCUCAUGAGAAUAGGUUGGAGCAUAAGACGCUGGAUGAGCUAGACGAGAUUGAUGAAGACGGGCUGGAGGAUGAGGAGUUUAUCGAGAUUUAUAGGAAAAAGAGAAUGGCUGAAAUUCAGGAAAUGGCUAAAAAGCAGAAGUUCGGGUCUUUGGUGAUGAUCUCGAAACCAGAAUAUACUCAGGAGAUCACUGAUGCCAGUAAGAACGACCAAUUCGUGCUGGUUCAUAUUGCAUAUGAGGGAGUACCUCAAUCGAAACUGCUGACCGGGCUGUUUCGUAGAAUUUCUGAACAGUUCCCGGAAAUCAAGUUUGUUCAGAUCGACGCUCGCCAGAUCAAUGAACGGUAUCCCUCUGAGAACUGCCCUACUAUUCUAGUUUAUAAAAAUACCGAUGUUGUCAAACAGUAUGUGACGUUGAAUGGGCUGGGUGGUAAUUCUACGAGUAUGGACGAUAUGCGAAAACUGCUAGUCACUCUAGGAGCUGUGGACGAGAGUGACAGGAGAAUUGAGGCUGGUGACGAUGACAGAGAUGGGUAUCUCAACAGAAACAGGUAUGACAGUGAUGAUGACUUUGAUUAG